AGACGAAUCACAAACCAACUCUUUACAGUUCAGAACUUCAGACUUUCAGAGUUCAGACGUACUGUGAACUUUUAGGAGCGUGUCAACGUUUCGUGUCUUAAGACUUAAAAAAUGCGUUACGUGGCCGCUUAUUUGCUGUCCGCCCUUGGCGGAAAAGAUAACCCGACUGAAAGCGACAUCGAGAAAAUCCUUAGCUCUGUCGGUAUCGAAGCUGAUUCCGAAAGGCUUAAGAAAGUCGUAUCGGAGCUGAAAGGAAAGAACCUCGAAGAGGUCGUAAACAAGGGCAAAGAGAAGCUCGCUUCCGUUCCCUGCGGAGGAGGAGCCGCUGUCGCUGCGACUGCUGCCCCUGCUGCAGCUGGUGCUGCAUCACCGACCAAAGCUGCAGCUGAGUCUAAAAAAGAAGAAAAGAAAGAAGAAUCAGACCAGUCGGAUGACGACAUGGGCUUCGGACUUUUCGAUUAAAUCUUCAAAUUCCAGGCCUACUGACAUCAGGCGAUAUAAAGAUGUGAUUAUGUUUUUAUGAUGUAUGAUGAACUGUAAUAAACUGGAAUUUUUUAAUAA